ACUGCACAGCUGACACCCCGUCUGUCUUGUUGCUCUUCCAUUGCUAUCCGUGUGGCCUCCAUCUCUCGGCUGCUUACAGGAACCUCUUUCUGUCUCUCUCGACAGCCUCCUCGUGCUGUUUUUUGCGCUCUCGUGGUCUUUUCCCUUUACGAUUGAAUUUCUCAUCUCGUUAUCAAUCCACCAUCCACAGCAUGUCGACACAGCCCAGACGGUCUGCACGCGCCGCUUCCGCGAAGCCCGCCGAGAACCCUGUUCCUAGGAUAGUUGCCAAGGCCACGGCGAAGCCUGCGGCCAAACCAGUAGCAAAGGCCGCCGCAAAACCCGCCACGAAGCCCGCCGCGAAGGUCACGAAGGCCACGAAGAAGGAGGCCGAGAAACCUGCCCAGAAAACGUCUACCGCCCGCUCCCGUCCUGCGAAGCGACCUGCAUCGCCCGAGCACGAAACACAGCCUGCCGCCAAACGUUCGAGGGCAGCGCCCAAGGUCAUCGAGAAUGGUGUCAUCGCGGAGAAGCCCAAGCCCGCACCCCGUGCGAAGUCCAGGAGGGGUUCCGCCACCCCGGGCCCCAGGAUACCUCACAGGCAGUUGAGGCCGUACUUUAAUCCUCUGCCUACCCCGCCAGAGCAUCUGCGCCCUGCGCCCCAGAUGUUUGCCUGGGGCGCUGGCAACUUUGGCCAGUUUGGGAUGGGCCCAGACCUCUUGGACGAGUUUGACAAACCCAGGAAGAAUGCGUGGAUCGAGGAGAAGAUCCGAGAAGGAUUGUUUGGCGGCCCUGAGGCGGGCCUCGAGGCGGUUGCUGCGGGUGGCCUACACUCGUUGUUCAUCGAUGAGAAGGGAACAGUAUGGUCUUGCGGUGUUAACGACGAUGCUGCGCUUGGACGCAUAACUGCGAACGUCCCGAAUCCUGAGAAGGAGGGCGAGAUCCUCGACGUGGAUCAGCUCAGUGCUGUCCCGCAUCCUCUUCAGAGCCUCGUAGACGAGAAGUUCCGUGCUGUUCGCAUAGUUGCAGGUGAUACCAUCUCAGCAGCUAUCAGCACGCAGGGAGAUCUGCGCGUUUGGGGUUCCUUCCGGGCUGUUGAGGGUGCUCUCGGCUUCUCCAGCGGCAGCCGCUAUCAGUGGUUGCCAGCGUCGAUUCUGGAGCUGAAGUCCAAGCCCGGCGACGUGGAGAAGUUCACAGCAGUCGCUGCAGGCAACAAUCACCUGAUCGUUCUGACUACCCACGGUAAUGUCUAUACGUGGGGUGCCGGCGAGCAAGGCCAGCUCGGACGAAAGGUCAUGGAACGUCAUAAAAUUCACGGCACGGUGCCCGAGAAGGUUGUCCUCGGCUUGCGCUCUCACAAGGCCGUCGUUGUUGGCGCUGGCAACUACAACUCAUUCGCCGUCGACGAGCGCGGAGUGGUUUGGGGGUGGGGUCUGAACAGCAUGGGUCAGACGGGAACGGGCUUCACGGAUGCCGACGCCGACACGCAGGUUCAGACGCCGAAAAAGGUGAUCGGGCUGAGCAAAGAGGAGCUCGGCGGCGAAGAGCACGUCGUGCAGAUUGCGGGCGGGGAGCACCACACGCUGUUUCUCACGUCCGCCGGGAAGGUCUACGCCUGCGGGCGGUCCGAGGGCGGCCAGCUUGGGCUCGCAGAGAACGAUGCGGCGUUCAAAGACCGCAAGUCCCCGGACAUGCUCACGGUGCCCUCGCUGGUGACGUUCCCGGAUGUGGAUGACCCCAUCGCGCAUAUCGCUGCGGGCAUCCAUAACAACGUCGCGGUGACGAAGGGAGGUGCGCUCUAUGCGUGGGGCAAUGGCCCGCAGGGAGAGCUGGGUGUGGGCGAGGAGACGGAGGCGCGCACGCCGACGGUGGUUGUGCGGAAGGAGGGCGGGUCUUGGACGGCCCUUGAGGCGUCUUGCGGCGGGCAGCAUACUCUUGCGUUGCUCCGCAAGAAGGCGUGAACGCUUCGCGGCUCAUAUCUCAGACUAUUGUCAUCGUUUCCUCUUGUUCCCCUUCCGUUGCCUGCUCAUAGACUGUAGGAAUACAGACAAGUACGGCUCAUGUAGAUAUUAAUGCGUGGUGGAAACGAUGUGCAUGAACGAGGUUAUGGCG